CAAACACGCAGAUACCACGAACGCUGAUAUACCACGAACAUAAUCUACACACCCACCGCUGUAUUUAAAGCGCAAUCAAAAAUCAGUUUACCGGAGCCGGUAGAGAAAGCGAAGUACUCGGGAUCUUUUGAACAGGAAACACAUUUCUUCAGAUUACAAUGGCAGGAGGGCUCACGGAAAGGGAAAUAAUCAUAAUAGGAUGUGCCGCUGGUUUGGUGUUUGUCCUAAUCUGUUGUCUGGCGAUCAUUGUGCUUACGUAUCUCUGGAAAAGAAGAGUUAAGCGUAAAAGGAGAGAAGAACGCCUCGCCCAGACGAUGGAGAGAAUUUCUCUCAGGGACCCUCUAGACGAGCUCGUGCGACGAGAAUCUCGGAGGAGCAUGAUGGGAAUUCACAACGAGGCUGUCGCAAACGGAAGUGCUGGUGGCGAUACCAUAACAAACAAAAGGAAAAUGUACAAAAUUUGGGAUCGUACGAGAGGAAAACGAACAUUCACAUUCGCUGACAAUCUCGACGAGUUGAAGACGAAAGCACGAGAUAAACUUGGGUUAACCGGUGCUCUAAGAGUAGUUCUGGAAGAAGAUGGAACGGAAAUAGACAGCGAUGAAAUCCUACGCGCAUGUGCGGGACAUGUUAUGUUAAUGAUUCCAGGGAACGAAUCAUGGACUGACCCGGAAGUGUUAUUGAAAGUGUCAAACCUUCCACCAGACUCUACGCGUUUCUGAACCUUUUCACUGAUCAAAAAACAAACAAAAACAAACAACAAACCCAUAAUUGUCGGUACUAGCGGGUGAAGAGUGGAGGGCGGGUGAAGAGUGGAGGGCGGGUGAAGAGUGGAGGCCCAGUUGACCCACAAUAAUAUAAACAAGAGCUCCUCUUUUUUAAAUAAUAAUAAUAAUAAUUAUUAUUAUUAUUAUAUUAUUAUAUUUGUUUCUUGCUAAAACAGAUCUUAUACAUGUAACUGUGCUC